GAGACCCUCUGCCCUUUCCCCCUCCCAACAGCCAAGGCGAGCAGGGACCAAGCUUGCUUACUGUCACCUGACACUGGGCAGCCACAGAUCCCAUUGGUGGAGCCAGAUUCGGUCUGGCUCUCUCGUUCUUUCUCGCCUUCUCUGCCUCUCUCUCCUCCGCGCCGCUUUGGUUUCGCUCUUGCCUCUCUCCUCACACUGGGAACAUCGCCUCUCCCGGGGGGCAGCGGCAGCUCGCUGCAGAGCCAGUGAGGAGCUGCCUGCAGGGCAUGGAAGGAGCCUCUUUGGCAGCUGCGAGAAGAGCGAGAGGAGGGAGCGAGUGCUGCUGCCUGUGACCCAGGCGUCCAGCAGCUGCCCCUCUGCCUGGGGAGCCCAUCCACACACUCCUUUCCCUCCCUUCCAGGUCUUUCUCCUGCAGAGCCCGGUGGAGCCAGUCCCCACAGGAGCCAAACCAGAAGGGAGCAUGGAGCUGCUGUCCACACCCCACAGCAUUGAGGUCAGCAACAUCACCUGUGACUCUUUCCGCAUCUCCUGGGCCAUGGAGAACAGUGACCUGGAGAGGGUCACCCAUUACUUCAUUGACCUCAACAAGAAGGAGAACAAGCAUUCCAACAAGUUCAAGCACCGGGAUGUCCCCACCAAGCUUGUGGCCAAGGCCGUGCCACUGCCCAUGACAGUGAGAGGCCACUGGUUCCUGAGCCCCCGCACGGAGUACAGCGUGGCGGUGCAGACUGCUGUGAAGCAGAGCGACGGGGAGUACCUGGUGUCUGGCUGGAGUGAGACAGUCGAGUUCUGCACUGGGGAUUAUGCCAAGGAGCACCUAGCCCAGCUGCAGGAGAAGGCUGAGCAGAUCGCAGGCCGCAUGCUCCGCUUCUCCGUCUUCUACCGCAACCAUCACAAGGAGUACUUCCAGCACGCCAGGACCCACUGUGGGAACAUGCUGCAGCCCUACCUGAAGGACAACAGUGGCAGCCACGGCUCCCCGACCAGUGGCAUGCUCCACGGCGUCUUCUUCAGCUGCAACACGGAGUUCAACACCGGCCAGCCCCCGCAGGACUCCCCCUACGGCCGCUGGCGCUUCCAGAUCCCCGCCCAACGCCUUUUCAACCCCAGCACCAACCUCUACUUUGCAGACUUCUACUGUAUGUACACGGCCUACCACUACGCUAUCCUGGUGCUGGCCCCCAAGGGCUCCCUGGGGGACCGCUUCUGUCGCGACCGCCUGCCCCUUCUGGACAUUGCCUGCAACAAGUUCCUGACCUGCAGCGUGGAGGACGGGGAGCUGGUCUUCCGCCAUGCCCAGGACCUCAUCCUGGAGGUCAUCUACACGGAGCCCGUCGACCUGUCCCUCGGCACCCUGGGCGAGAUCAGCGGGCACCAGCUCAUGAGUCUGUCCACUGCUGAUGCCAAGAAGGACCCCAGCUGCAAGACCUGCAACAUCAGUGUGGGCCGCUAGAGACUCCUGGGGAGCCAGGGGGCUAGGGAGAGAUGACAGGCAGGGAGGCGAUGGGUGGCAUAGGUUCAGGGAGCUGGCUUUCUUUCCCCUGCCCCUGUGCUCCCUCCAUAUCAUCAGUCUCCCCCUCUCCCACCCCUUGGUAUUAGAGGCAACAGAGGGUAGUCCCCUUGGUAGGAGUGGCCCACCUGUGCCCGGUGGACUUGGAAAGGCUUCUUAGCCUCAGUAGGUUGGGGGGUUGGAUUUCUGGAGACUUCCCCUUUCCUCUGGUUUCCCUGUUCUGCAGUUUCUUGCUUCAUCCCAGGUCUCCAUCUCACGGAGACUUGCGGCUUCCGGGAUCUCCCAGGGAAGCCUCUCCGGGCCAAAGCCCACGAGUAGCUUGCCUGCCUGCAGAGGCAAUGCAGAAGCUGUGGGGUGCUCUUCCUUAGCCCCACCCACCCCACUCAGGGCCCACACAGAAUGCCCCUCCCUACUCAGCUGUCCCAGGGCUGUCCCUCCAGGCCUGCCCUUUCCCUCUAUAAAUAGUCUCCUGCACUGCUGUGACCCCAGCUGCUCCUUGCCCCUCAGCACCCUCUUCCUGCAUGGGGAGAGCUGUCCUCCCCUUCUCCACCUGCCCUCUAGAAAGCGGCCCUCUUUUUCCUCUUGGCUUUGGGGCCCCGGGCCAUCGGGAUUGUUCCUUUCUUCUGUCUGGAGAUGAUAUAAACCCCGGCGUACUUUCUCCCUUGCUCAGAGCUCUGGGGUUUGGAAUGGCAGCCACCGGGGUCAAGGAGGGGGAUGGAGACCCCUGAGACCCAGAAGGACCCCUUCCCCAGCUGGGGGUGGGCUGCCUCACGCGCUGAGGGGACCUGUGUGGAACUAGAGCUGAGGGCUCUCCCACAGAGCCCUGGCCCCCCCACCCGGCUGUGCACUUUGCUCGCUCUCUGCCGUGGAGCUGUGACAGCACUGUGCCUGUGUGUCAUCUGGACUGUGGCUUCCCUGCCACCUCCCUCCUGCCCAUGCCCACUGGCACCAUCAGCUCCCCUUCGA